GCGCGCACUGCGCUCCAGCCUGCAGCAGGAGGGAUGGGUGGGCUCAUUUAGAUUCCCCCCGCGCUGCUUCACGCUAAAGGCUGUGCCGUUUGCUCGCAUUGCCGGGAGUGAACAGAAGUAACCUAUCCGCACAAUUGGGAGUCCCACUUGGAAGGCGACCAGCAUGAAGUUCGCACGCUGCUCUCUCCCGUCGCCGGGACCGCCGCGGUGCGGGAAUGUGGGCGUGCGAGGGGCGCGCUGAGUUGCCACAGCUGGAGAUAUCGCUGCGCGGAACGGAGACCCUCGGCACCGAGCCGCCAUGGUGGGGAUGACAUGUAACUGUGCAGGGGUGAACGGAAACGCGCCGAACCGCAGAACCGGAACCUGGAAGACUCUGAGGGAGCCCGCCAUCUUCGCGAAAGAGACCAGCUGUGACUGUCGGGCUCCUCAUGAGAAACUGACCAUUGCACAGGCCCGCUGUGGCACACCAGUGGACCGGCCGGUGCGAGUCUAUGCUGACGGGAUCUUCGAUCUCUUCCACGCGGGACACGCACGCGCCCUCAUGCAGGCCAAGAACCUGUUCCCCAACACAUACCUGAUCGUGGGAGUGUGCAGUGACGAGCUCACUCACAGGUAUAAGGGCUUCACGGUGAUGCGGGAGGAGGAGCGGUAUGAGGCCCUGAGGCAUUGCCGCUAUGUGGACGAGGUGGUGAAGGACGCGCCUUGGACCCUCAGCCCCGAAUUCCUGGAGAAACACAAGAUUGACUUUGUGGCCCAUGAUGAUAUCCCAUACUCUUCUGCGGGGUCUGAAGAUGUCUACCAGCACAUCAAAGAAGCAGGGAUGUUUGUUCCCACCCAGAGGACAGAGGGCAUUUCCACGUCUGACAUCAUCACUCGAAUCGUGCGGGACUAUGACGUAUAUGCCAGACGUAACCUGCAGAGGGGCUACACCGCCAAGGAGCUCAACGUUAGCUACAUCAACGAGAAGAAGUACCGGCUGCAGAACCAGGUGGACAGGAUGAAGGAGAGGGUGAAGACGGUGGAGGAGAAGUCCAAGAGCUUCGUGUACCGCGUGGAGGAGAAGAGUCACGACCUGAUCCAGAAGUGGGAGGAGAAGUCGCGCGAGUUCAUCGGAAACUUCCUGGAGCUGUUCGGGCCUGACGGAGCCUGGAAGCAGAUGUUUCAGGAGCGCAGUGGGCGUAUGCUGCAGGCCCUUUCCCCCCGGCAGUCCCCUCACGGGUCCCCCAGCAGCAGCCCCCCCCGGGAGUGCUCCCCGUCCCGCUCGCCCUCGCCCCCCCGACGCUGGCCCCUCUCGCCCCCCUCCCCAUCCUCACCCACAUCGCCCCCUAAAGGAGCCUCCGCCUCCAUCAGCAGCAUGAGCGAGGGAGACGAGGACGAGAAGUAGAGCUCUCACACACUCUCACAUACACACACACACUCACACACACUCACACACACACACACACACAUACA